UUCGAGCUGCUGCUCGCCGACCCGCUGCAGUUCUUUCCCAUUGAGGUGUCCGUGGAGGACAUCAAUGACCACUCGCCGGUCUUCCCAGACGAACGGGUGACUUUUAAGAUUCUGGAAACCAGCGACCCGGGCUCCCGUUUCCCUGUGGAGGCUGCUCAGGACCCGGACGUAGGCAGCAAUGACAUCCAGGCUUACAGCAUCCUUCCUGAGAACGAGUUCUUCACUGUUUCCUAUCAGACUCAAAGUGAGAGUGAGAUGCAUGUCGACCUUGUUUUGCAAAAGCCUCUGGAUAGAGAAGGGCAGCCAGAAGUAGAUUUCACUCUCGUUGCUGCUGAUGGUGGCUCUCCACCCACGACUGGAACCACUCAAAUCCACAUCAUAGUUCUGGAUGUAAAUGACAAUGCUCCCAUCUUCACACAGAAAGUGUUCAUUGGGCAUGUCUUGGAAAAUGCUCCCGAGGGUUCAGUGGUUCUCAGAGUGGUGGCUAAUGAUGCAGAUGAUGGAAUAAAUGGUGACAUUACAUAUGAAAUUACACAAUCAGGAGGACACACAUAUUCGGAUUUUACACUUGACCCCAAGAGUGGUGAAAUUCGAGUCAUGAAAAGUCUGGAUUUUGAGACAAUGCAGAAAUAUGAACUCAGUUUGAGGGCAGUGGACGGAGGGGGCCUUUCAGCCAUGUGCAAGGUAGUGGUGGAGGUGAUGGAUGUGAAUGACAAUGCACCAGAGAUCGUGGUCAGUUCCUUCAACAGCCCAAUCCCUGAGAAUGCAGCACCUGGCACUGUGGUCGCACUCUUUGAUGUCAGGGAUCAGGAUUCCGGUGUGAAUGGGGAGAUCAGCUGUGCCCUCGAAGAACAGCUGCCCUUCUCCCUCCGGCCAGCCUUUAAGAACUACUACGAGCUGGUGACCGUGAGCGCGUUGGACCGGGAGAAAACAGCACGUUACAGUGUAAUCGUCACGGCAGCAGAUGCAGGGUCUCCUCGUCUGAGCAGCAGCCGCACGUUCACCGUGGACAUCUCCGACGUGAAUGACAACGCGCCCGUCUUCAACCAGACGUCG